UCCGGCAACAGGUCGCUCUGCCUGUCCAUCUUCAAAGUGGCACUGAGGGCAGCAGCCGCAUGCGGAAGCCUCGCUCAACGGCCGUUGGAUUAUGCAUGAACAAGCAAGCCACGCGAUACACCGCGGAGUCAAACGCGACUGACUUCGAAACUAGCUGCAGCAGCCCCCUGAUGGGCAUCGCCCGAAGUAAAACAAUCAACGCUCAACAAAAAAAGGCGCCCUGCGGAAUCAAUCGUACGUGAAUAAUAGCGACGGCCGCCGGGGCCAAUUAUCAAGCAUAUUUCUAUGCGGGACUGGAUACAAGUGAAUAUAGAGCACGGUCUGAAUAUGAAUGGGUCUGAGGUCUGACUACGGCUGGGUUAGGGUGCGAGUGCAUAUGAAUGCCCGACUUAACAAUACCCUCAUCCCCACGCGUGGGCCCACCCAGACCCCAGAGCGCGCGCAUGGCCGGCCAGCUCGAGGCGAUGCCGGCCGGCCCGAAUUGGAGCUGCGAGUGGCCGGCGGCUGGCGGCCAUCCUCCACGCGGCGGGUGGAUCCGCCGCUGCGCCGUGUGCUCGCCGGGGCGGGUUACAGUGAACCCGUGUGGUAAGGACGCACGGUAAGUACGCAAGGGCGCUGGGACGCCGUGUCGGCGCUCUGCGAGCGGGGUGCGGCCGGAGAGAGCGGCCAGGGAUGGGCCAAAGGGGGAGAAUGCAAGGGCAGCCUUGGAAAGUGGCGCAUCCUUACUGUGCGGGUUGACCGUACAGCAUGCUCCUGCAGCAGGGCAUCGGGGAAGGAAUCCAGCAUCGAAUUCUCUGGCCCUGGAGGCUCCCACCGAGCUGGGUCCGCGCGUCGAGGCCGGACGCGCAGCGGCCCGGGGGCCCUCCCCGAUAUUCUGGGGCCUCUCGGGCACGGCAGGGACUCCUGCCGCAGGGCCGUGCCUCGCAGGGCAACACGGCAGCACGGGCCCUCUGUACGAGAAUGGCACCUGUGCACCGUGCCAUGUCUGGACUCCCUUCGGGCCCCGCUCCGGCGCGGCACAAUGCAUCGUCCUUCGGCUCGCCGAGGGCAGAGCAGCGAUGCACCGUAGCAUCCCCUAGGCCGAGGGCCGACCACGCCUCGGGAGACGCCAGCACGGCACGGUGCGCACGGGUCGCCCGCGGACCCCGACUGGGGCUCGCCGAGCCUCGCUGGCCGGUCCUGGCUCCGAGCGGCUGUUCGGCAGGGCCAGGCUCCUGCACCGGGCCGCGCCGCCCGAAACCAAGCCAGAUGACUUGGGAGUCCCUCAAAAGGAGCGGCCUUGGAGGGGGAGGAGGAGGGGGAGGAGGAGGAGGAGGAGGAGGAGGAGGAGGAGGAGGAGGGCGCCCGGGAAAGGCAGGCCUCGGCCGCCCGGGCCCGGCCCUUCCAGCCUCCCUCGGAGCUCCCGCGGCCUCGCCCCGAGCGAGGAGCGCCGUGCUGGCUGGCAUCUGGGAGUGCGCUCGGCGCCCGCGCGCCCAGCAGGCUCGUCGGGACGCGCUGGCUCGAGGCCUGGUUGCGGCGCCUCGCGCCCCAAAACUGAAGGGGAACUGGGACACACAAAUGAAUAGACACAGAUAACCAGAUUUACCCC